ACGUAUGAGUGCUACUAUUGGCUGUGGGAGGAAAGAGGGCGUUCCAACGACGGCGGCGUGGGUUCGCCUGUGUGACACAAUUACAACAACUUUGAGCUGGUGGUUGGGGGAAGUUUGUGAUAUUACCAAAUAAAUCCUGAUUAAAAACACCCUGCGAAAACUGCUGUAUGCAUCACAUGGCAUUGACUGCAUAAAGUAUUUUCUACAAAACAAAAAACAAUGUAAAGGGAAAUCAUUUGGAAGGCUUCUUUUUCCUAGAGGAUUUACAAUUGUUUUCACGUAUUAAUCCUGGAGGGGGGGGGGAAAGUUACUUUCCUCGUAUCUGUUUUUUCGCUCGAUUUUUAAAGAAUCGUCGGAGUCUCCCGCCCACUUUCCAGCCGCGUUUUCAUGAAAUCGUGCGGAGUGUCGCUCGCCGCCGUCGCCUGCGUUUCUGCUCGGAGUCUCGGCGCCGCUGGUGAUGAGGAAAAGAAAAUGGCGGCGGGAAAAGCGAGCGAGACCGAGGAGGACUUCCCGAGGCUGACGGCGCAGGAGAGGGACCGCCUGGUCGGGAUGGACAGCUCUCUGUUUGGAUUUCAGAGGCUUCAUGAAGAUGGCGCCAGAACGAAGGCCUUGCUGUUAAAGGCCAUUCGCUGCUAUGACUCUCUGAUCCUGAAGGCCGAGGGGAAGGUCGAUCCCGAGCUGUUCUGCCAACUGGGCCACUUCAGCCUCCUCCUGGAGGAUUAUCCGAAAGCAUUAUCUGCGUACCAGAGGUACUUCAGUUUACAGUCGGACUACUGGAAGAAUGCCGCCUUUUUGUACGGCCUUGGUAUGGUCUACUUCCAUUACAAUGCAUUUCAGUGGGCGAUCAAAGCCUUCCAGGAGGUGCUGUACAUCGACCCCAGCUUCUCUCGGGCCAAGGAGAUCCACCUGCGCCUUGGACUCAUGUUCAAAGUCAACACAGACUGCGAGUCGAGCCUGAAGCAUUUUCAGCUGGCUUUAAUUGACUCAAACCCCUGCACUUUGUCCAAAGCUGAAAUUCAGUUCCACAUCGCUCACUUGUAUGAGAUCCAGAAAAAGUACCGUGCCGCCAAGGAGGCGUACGAGAACCUCCUGCAGACGGAGAACCUCCUGCAGACAGAGAACCUCUCGGCGCAGGUGAAGGCUGCCACGCUGCAGCAGCUGGGUGAGUAGCAUCAUGCUGUCUGGUGUCCUCACUGAAGCCCCCACCCAGCUACAGUCCCUCAGGCUCUGUUCCGCUUCUGUCUGUGUACAAUCUAACCCCCGCCUCCACCCCCCAGGUGCUAUUCGAGUAUUGGCAAGGUCCAGGAUGCCUUCAUCUCCUACCGCCAAUCCAUCGACAAGUCGGAAGCCAGCGCUGACACGUGGUGCUCAAUAGGUGUGCUCUACCAGCAGCAGAACCAGCCGAUGGAUGCCUUGCAGGCCUACAUCUGUGCGGUGCAGCUGGACCACGGUCACGCCGCCGCCUGGAUGGACCUGGGCACCCUGUACGAGUCCUGCAACCAGCCCCACGACGCCAUCAAGUGUUACAUCAACGCGACACGCAGCAAAAACUGCAGCAACAGCGCCGCCCUCCUGGCCCGCAUCAAAUGCCUGCAGGCUCAGUUGUGUAACCUCCAACAGAGUAGUCUGCAGAGUAACAGUAAAAUGCUUCCCAGUAUAGAGGAGGCAUGGAGCUUACCAAUCCCAGCAGAGCUAACAUCCAGGCAGGGCGCCCUGAGCACGGCCCAGCAGGCCUGUAAACCGCACCAGGGGGGUGCCGGCGAGGCGGCCCUGGGGCAGCCACCCGUGCCACCCCCGGCGCUGCCGCUGCACGCGGGGCCCGCCGACGAGCGCUCCAGCCCGGCCAAGCGGAAGCGGACGUUGAGCCCAGAGAAGAACCCCCCCGAAGCCUGGGUGGGCAGCCCAGUGGCGCGGGCAGCCCAUCAGCAGCAGCAAGCCCCAAGCUGGUACCUGACGCCUCAGAAACUGCAGCUCCUGGAUCAGUUACGGGCCAGCCGAGCAAAUCUGAAACCUUUUCAGCUCCAGAUGCUGGAACAGCUGGAGAGCCAGUUCAGUCUCAUGCAACAGCGCCAACAGCAGGUGAGACACGCUGCUGCCAUCGGCCAGGUGCGACUGCCCGUGCCCAACGGUCCUGGGCCGGGUCCCCCGCCGCCUGCUCACGUCGCAGCCCAGCACCCCCACGGGGCUGCUUCUCGCAUGCCUGGCCCCGCCUGCCCUGGGCCGCCACUCUCCAAUGGGCCCUUCCCACCUGGCUCUGUCCCCUCCGGGGGUGGUCACCAUGCGCCGGGGCUGGGGAGCAAUGGAAACGUGCCUUACCUGCAGCAGAACGCACUACCUCACGCCCGCCCGACGCCAGCUGGCUAUGCCGAAGAGCCAUGGGCAGACCGACAUGUCACUCAGGGGCUUCAGAAAGUUCCGGGUUGGUGUCCCGCUGCCCCCAAUGGCAAACAGACUUUCUCUCUCACUGGGACGUCCCCCAAUUCCCAGUCAGCUGGCACCGGUGCUCAGAAUCAGGUCCGGCAGCCCAGCGUGCCGAGCGACUCGCCGCCACAGGGGGGCGCUCACAAUCACCUCCCCCCCCCUCCCCACACGCCUACCUCAGGUGGACAGCAAGGCGUCCCCUUAACCAAAGAGAGCGGGCCUUCAGGGAACGGCACGCCAAGCAGUGUCGCCGUCGCUGUUGACGGGCUGCCUAAUCACGUCCAUCAGGCAGCGGCGGGCGCCGCCCCCAGCCCUGGCCCCGCCCCCACGGGGCCCCGGACUCCGGGCCCUGGGCUCACUUCAGACAAUCCUCAGCUCUCUGCCUUGUUGACGGGAAAAGCCGGUAACGGCGGCCCCAGCGAGAGGCUCAACAACAUCCAUCCGGCCGCCCGCGGCCCCAGGGCCCCGGGGGACACCCCCUCGCCCCCCCCAAAGCCUGCGGAACCCAGCGCCACCAGCCUUAAUGGCCCCCCCUCGGGCCCGGGACCUACAGUAAACGGGAGGGGCUCGGAUGACUCGCGGAGCCCCCUAGCGGCACAUCCGCCCAUACCUGGACGCAAACCCAUUCUGAGCCUGGCACCCUCGUCCUCUGUCUCCAUCUACCCGAGUUCCGCAGAUGUGCUCAAGGCUUGCAGGAAUCUGGGCAAGAACGGCCUGUCGAGCAGCAGCAUCCUGUUGGGGAAGUGCCCCCCUCCGCGGGUGCCGGCUGCUCCCACCCCCCCACUGCCAAAGGACAAACUGAACCCCCCCACGCCAAGUAUUUAUCUGGAGAACAAGAGGGAUGCCUUUUUCCCGCCCUUGCACCAGUUCUGCACGAACCCGUCCAACCCGGUGGCGGUGAUCCGAGGGCUGGCUGGCGCACUCAAACUGGACCUGGGCCUCUUCUCCACCAAGACGCUGGUGGAGGCCAAUCCCGAGCAUCUGGUGGAGGUGCGGACACAGCUGUCCCAGCCUGCCGACGAGAACUGGGACGCCACAGGCACCCGCAAGGUGUGGCGCUGCGAGAGCGGCCGCUCGCACGCCACCAUCGCCAAGUACGCUCAGUACCAGGCUUCGUCCUUCCAGGAGUCCCUGCGGGAGGAGAACGAGAAGAAAGGACAGAAGGACCACUGGGACGCGGACUGUGCCUCCUCGGACAGUGUGGGCAGGAGACGGAAAGGCCCCAUUAAGUACAUCAAAUUUGGGACCAACAUUGACCUGUCAGACGAGAAGAAGUGGAAGCUGCAGCUGCAGGAGCUGAGCAAGCUGCCUGCGUUUGCCCGCGUGGUGUCUGCGGGGAACCUCCUCAGUCACGUGGGGCACACCAUCCUGGGCAUGAACACCGUGCAGCUCUACAUGAAGGUUCCCAGCAGCCGCACGCCAGGUCACCAGGAGAACAACAACUUCUGCUCCGUCAACAUCAACAUCGGGCCGGGGGAUUGCGAGUGGUUCGCUGUGCCGGAGCUCUACUGGGGCGUCAUGAAUGACUUCUGUGAGAAGAAUAAUAUCAACUUUCUCAUGGGCUCCUGGUGGCCCAACCUGGAGGAUCUGUACGAGGCCAACGUGCCCGUCUACCGUUUCAUCCAGCGUCCGGGAGACCUGGUGUGGGUCAACACGGGCACGGUGCACUGGGUACAAGCCAUCGGCUGGUGCAACAACAUCGCCUGGAACGUGGGGCCACUCACAGCCUACCAGUACAAGCUCGCCGUAGAGCGAUACGAGUGGAAUAAGCUCCAGAGUGUAAAAUCCAUCGUCCCCAUGAUUCACCUGUCCUGGAACAUGGCCAGGAACAUCAAAGUGUCAGACCACAAGCUUUUUGAGAUGAUCAAGUACUGCCUCCUGAGGACCCUGAAGCAGUGUCAGAUGCUGAGGGAGGCUCUCAUCUCCGCUGGAAAGGAGGUGCAGUGGCACGGAAAGACCCGGGAGGAACCGGCACACUACUGCAGCAUUUGUGAGGUGGAGGUCUUCAACCUGCUCUUCGUCACCAGUGAGAGCAACUGGCGUAAGACCUACGCGGUGCACUGCCAGGACUGCGCCCGCAAGGCCAGCGCCGAUCUGCACGCCUUUGUGGUGCUGGAGCAGUACAAGAUGGAGGAUCUCAUGCAGGUGUACGACCAGUUCACGCUGGCCCCGCCUUUGCCUCCUCCCUCAUCUUGACGUCGACAUUUCCUGCCCGGCGGACCGUGCGCGGGAAGUCGAGGAGGCCUUUCUGAUAUUCAGGAAGCCGGCCGGUCCAGAUGCCGCUGGGCUCUGUAGCUAAUCCUACGAGGCUGCGUCUGGAAGCUUCUGUCUAUGCAACCUGCCGCCCCAGCGAUGGGAGGGCGGGGGGACCCUCCGGGACACUCGACAGCCCCCCUGGCUGUAUGCAUAUAGAGCCCAUUGGGAGGAAGUGCCCCUUUUGUACAUAUCGAUACCUUCACCGGUCACAACUGGCAACGUAACACAAAGACUACUGACCCGAAUCUCCGUUUUCUAUUGUUUUUGGGCUGAUAUGAAGUUUUUUUUUUUUUUUUUCUUUUUCCCUUCUUCCUCUUCUCCUCCCUAUACCCACGAAAUGAAUACUAGCUUGGCUGGUCUUUUUUUGUAUAGUAGAUAGACAUUUUAAGUCUAUUUGGACAACAAAGCAACAAAGAAAAAUGGGGAAAAAAAAUUUGUAAUGUGAAAAGUUAGGUGGUAUAAUUUUUUACGGCUUUGGUUUUACGUCGUUAUUUUUGGAACCAUGUUGGUAAAUCUUUCGGUUUCUUAGUUAAAAUUUUUAAAAAAGAGGUAAAAAUCAAGGACGACAGCCAAGUGAAGAGAAUGGGUUGCACAUAGACUAAGAAUUAAACAUUAAUUUGUGAUUUUCUUUGUUUCUAAUCUUGAUGUAAAUUUACACUAUUUAUAAAUACAUAUUUAUUGCUUGGAAAUAUUUGUGGAUGGAAUGCUGUUAUUUUUCCCAGAGUACCUGCCAUUAAAUUUUAAGGAGUUCUGUCAUUUUACGCACCAACUCCUAUUUACCUUUUCUAUAUAUAAAUGAAACUGCUUAGCAACCUUGUACAGAAACAUCAUUAAAAUUGUUUUAUUGUUUGCUGUA